AUGGCCUUCAUGUCCUCUCAGAAUACAGCUUCUGUAUUAGUGGAAACCUUUGUCAAAGGCAUGGCGACUAUUAUCCAUAACAAUGAGUCCACUGACACUAUUUGGCCAACAGAAUCUGUGCUACUGGAAAGAAGUGGGAGAGUUUUGCAGUCCUCCCUCGUUGGCUCCCAACUGGAUGAUACUGAAUUUAGUAUUAAAAUAUCAGAGGAGAAGCUUUGGUCAAUGGCUAAGACCAUCUGCGUCGGUAUGAAGAAGACGCUUAAGAAUUUCUUCACAGGGUUGAAGCCAUCCAGAUCCGAAAGAACAGAAAAUGCUUCUUCCAAAGAGACCCUUGGGGAAAUCCUGGUUGCUAUCCAGAGUGAAAUAUCAAACUUAGGGCGAAAUAAGUUUUCCAGGGAGCUCCUUCAGAUCAAUGACAUGGUAGGAACUAUGCUGAAGGAGGUUAAGAAAAGCAAGGAUGACAGUGAACAAGUCUGCCAAGACAUCCCUAGAACAUGUUCAUCUUUGUCCAUUUCUUCAAAGGGUCAUUGUUCCUUAUCCAGGUCUUCAAAGGGUCCAAUAUCAAAGUGUGAGCUAGAGAUCAACCUCCCUGGCACUCCCAUCCCUGACGAGGUUCCUGAUGAUUUGACCUUCCCCAUCGUAAGGAGCUCCUGCAUCGACACCAGGGACUCUAUAAUGCCAGGGUUUUCUACGAGUGACCUAAGGACAAAGAUGAUGACACACACAGAUGAAGCCCUGCAUCGUAACAGUCCAAGGACUGACAGUAGCCGACCAUCGAGUGCCAAAGCCUCUCUUCGAUUCUUCACUCCCUCUUGCACCAGCAAGGGAACCUCUUUGGUACCAAAGGGGGUUGGGAUUGACAUGGAAGAGAAAGAAGUCCCCAGCAGCUCUGGCCAUCUGAGGGAGCUCUUAAUCACCUCAGACAUCAGCAGUGCCACUGCAUUCCCUCUGCAGUCCUUGAUGGACUCCGGCAAAGAUGAUUUCAUCUGUUUGGUCACCAUACUGGUAAUAAGGUUGCUAUCGAAGAUCGGGCCCUCAGCCCUAGAUGGACCCAACAGGCAGCAGACAUGACAGCAAUAUUUCAACAGCUCAUCAGACAAGUUCUGUCUGAGUUCUGUGCUGCAUCCGGAUUCUCCAGGACACAGGCAUACCCUCAGGACCUGCACAUCCACACAGUGUCCAGGGGUAUACAUAAAAACCUCCUGGAGGUGUUUGGCUCUUAUAACACCCUCCAAGCAGCUAUGGCCUCCCAGGAUUCUGAAUUUGACAGUUCCUGGUAAAAUCAUUGACCCAGCAGCUGGUGCAGGGAUGCAAGGAGGCGUCAAGACCAGCUUCUGCUGCAACAAACCCAGCAGACCAGGCUGAGACAGAGAUGAGGGCUGAGUUGAAAGCAAAAAGGUGCUUCCUUCUCAUUUUAGCGUUCCAAAAGAGGAAACAAAAAUGACUGCCAUUCAGUCCAGGACCAGACUGAGAUUCCCUCUACUGAUGGACAUUGCAUAGGUAAGGAUGUUUUAGAGCUCUGCUAUAGCUUGAAGUUUUGUUUAGGUGUGUUAGAAACAUAGAGUAGGUCUAGUACACUUAUAGCAGAGGUUGUAGCAGAGGUUGUGUUCUUCUCUAGCUGGAGGUAAGCAGGAGGUAAGCUUCUCAUAUGGUGUUGAGUAAAGCUUAACCAUGUAUUAGAUCGUAGGUAGGUAGUUAGUUGUAGUUACCCUAGUUGUAGUUAGGUAGUGUAGUUAUUGUAGGUUAGUAUUGUUGUUAUUGUAGGUUUCCGUAGGUAAUUGUAGGUUAGUAUCGAAGCACGAGGCUAGCUAGCUAGCGGGUAGCUACUGGUACAAUUGACUGUAACGUUUAGCAACGGUGGAGAGCUGUUUCCAAUGUUAAUGUGCUGCUAGCCAACGUUUAAUUUUUGCUGCGUUAUGCGUUAUGAAAGGAACUAGACACGGACAUGAAUUAUCUGUUUAGUGUGCUAACACACUCUUGGCAGUUUGUUGUAACCAAGUAUUGGUGCUAAAUUGUGUGUUAAUGGAUGCUAGCUUGCUAGUUAGCUAUGGCGUCAUAGCUUGUGGGUAGUUACUGUAGGUUGGCAGUAAACUAGCCGUUUUUUCGAACAGAGUCAUAGUCAACACAAUAGCCAUUGUGUGCCGGGUGUAGCACGAAGCUAGCUAGCUAGCCGUUCUUCAAACAAAGUCAACACAGUGGCCAUUGCUAGCUACCCAACACGACCAGCUAACUGUACGGAAGUAGCUAAAUACAAUAUACUUGUCCUAGCUAGCCAACGUUUAAUCAUUGCUGCGUCAUGAAAGGAACUUGACACAGACACGAAUGAUCUGUUUAGUGUGUUAUCACACUAUUGGUGGUUUGUUGUGACCAAGUGUUGGUGCUAAACUGUGUGUUACUGGAUGCUAGCAUGCUAGUUAGCUAGUUAACACACUAUUGGUGGUUUGUUGUGACCAAGUGUUGGUGCUAAACUGUGUGUUAAACUGUGUGUUAUUGGAUGCUAGCAUGCUAGUUAGCUAUGGUGUCAUAGUUAGCUAGCUGAAUAAAGUGGGUUGAGUCUAUUCCUUUAAACAUUGAACCGCUGUGGUUCACAACAAUUCUGAUUUCUAAAGGUGGAAGUUGGGAGAGUUUUUGUUCGGGUGGUUCAGUGAAACAAUUUUAGUUUCUGAGGUAGAAGUUUUUGGUGAGGGAGGCCCUGCUCUCUCCUCUCCCAGAUGCUUAGCUCAUUUCAUUCCGAUCUCCUCUGCAUUUUUGUAGCCAUUUGCUACAGCCUGUCAACUAUGCCUCUGCCUAUCCCUGUUCUCUCCUCUCUGCACAGGCUACACAAACGCACCACACCGCGCGGGCUGCUGCCUCUCUAACCUGGUGGUCCCUGCACGCACCCCACACCUGGAGUUCCAGGUCGCAGGCAGCCUCUGGAACUGCCGUUCUGCUGCCAACAAAGCUGACUUCAUCCCAGCCUAUGCCAACCUCCAGUCCCUCGACUUCCUGGCGCUGACGGAAACAUGGAUCACCACUGAAAACACUGCUACUCCUACUGCUCUCUCCUCGUCUGACCAUGUGUUCUCGCAUACCCCGAGAGCAUCUGGUCAGAGGGGUGGUGGUACAGGAAUCCUCAUCUCUCCCAAGUGGACAUUCUCAAUUUUUCCCCUAACCCAUCUGUCUAUCUCCUCAUUUGAAUUCCAUGCUGUCACAGUCACUAGCCCAUUUAAGCUUAAUAUCCUUGUCAUCUAUCGCCCUCCAGGUUCCCUUGGAGAGUUCAUCAAUGAGCUUGACGCCAUGAUAAGUUCCUUUCCUGAGGAUGGCUCACCCCUCACAGUUUUGGGGGAUUUCAACCUCCCUAUGUCCACAUUUGACUCAUUUCUCUCUGCCUCCUUCUUUCCACUCCUCUCCUCUUUUGACCUCACCCUCUCACCGUCCCCCCCUACUCACAAGGCAGGCAAUACGCUUGACCUCAUCUUCACUAGAUGCUGCUCCUCUACAAAUCUCACUGCAACUCCCCUCCAUGUCUCCGACCACUACUUUGUUUCCUUUUCUCUCUCGCUCUCCUCCCACACUACUCACUCUGCCCCUACACAGAUGGUAAUGCGCCGCCGCAACCUUCGCUCUCUCUCUCCCACUACUCUCUCCUCUUCCAUCCUAUCAUCUCUUCCCUCUGCUCAAUCCUUCUCCCUCCAAUCUCCUGAUUCUGCCUCCUCAACCCUCCUCUCCUCCCUUUCUGCAUCCUUUGACUCUCUGUGUCCCCUAUCCUCCCGGCCGGCUCGGUCCUCCCCUCCAGCUCCGUGGCUUGAUGACUCAUUGCGAGCUCACAGAACAGAGCUCCGGGCAGCGGAGCGGAAAUGGAAGAAAACUAAACUCCCUGCCGACCUGGCAUCUUUUCACUCCCUCCUCUCUACAUUUUCUUCAUCUGUUUCUGCUGCUAAGGCCACCUUCUACCACUCUAAAUUCCAAGCAUCUGCCUCUAACCCUAGGAAGCUCUUUGCCACAUUUUCCUCCCUCCUGAAUCCUCCCCCCCCCCCCCCCCCCCUCCUCUCUCUCUGUGGAUGACUUCGUCAACCACUUUGAAAAGAAGGUUGACGACAUCCGAUCCUUGUUUGUUAAGUCUAAUGACACUGCUGGUCCUGCUCACACUGCCCUACCCUAUGCUUUGACUUCUUUCUCCCCUCUCUCUCCAGAUAAAAUCCUGCGACUUGUGACUGCAGGCCGCCCAACAACCUGCCCGCUUGACCCCAUCCCCUCCUCCCUUCUCCAGACCAUCUCCGGUGACCUCCUCCCCUACCUCACCUCGCUGAUCAACUCAUCCUUGACCGCUGGCCAUGUCCCUUUCGUCUUCAAGAGAGCGAGAGUUGCUCCCCUUCUCAAAAAACCAACACUCGACCCCACUGAUGUCAACAACUACAGACCAGUAUCCCUUCUUUCUUUUCUUUCCAAAACUAUUGAGCGUGCCGUCUUUAGCCAACUCUCUUGCUAUCUCUCUCAGAAUGACCUUCUUGAUCCAAACCAAUCAGGUUUCAGGACUGGUCAUUCAACUGAGACUGCUCUUCUCUGUGUCACGGAGACUCUCCGCACUGCUAAAGCUAACUCUCUCUCCUCUGCUCUUGUCCUUCUAGACCUGUCUGCUGCCUUUGAUACUGUGAACCAUCAGAUCCUCCUCUCCACCCUCUCCGAGCUGGGCAUCUCCGGCGCGGCUCACUCCUGGAUUGCGUCCUACCUGACCGGUCGCUCCUACCAAGUGGCGUGGCGAGAAGCUGUCUCCGCACCACGUGCUCUCACCACUGGUGUCCCCCAGGGCUCAGUUCUAGGCCCUCUCCUUUUCUCCCUAUACACCAAGUCACUUGGCUCUGUCAUAUCCUCACAUGGUCUCUCCUAUCAUUGCUACGCUGACGAUACACAACUAAUCUUCUCCUUUCCCCCUUCUGAUAACCAGGUGGCGAAUCGCAUCUCUGCAUGUCUGGCAGACAUAUCAGUAUGGAUGACGGAUCACCACCUCAAGCUGAACCCUGGCAAGACGGAGCUGCUCUUCCUCCCGGGGAAGGACUGCCCGUUCCAUGAUCUCGCCAUCACGGUUGACAACUCCGCUGUGUCCUCCUCCCAGAGUGCGAAGAGCCUAGGCGUGACCCUGGACAACACCCUGUCGUUCUCCGCCAACAUCAAGGCGGUGACCCGCUCCUGCAGGUUCAUGCUCUACAACAUUCGGAGAGUACGACCCUGCCUUACACAGGAAGCGGCACAGGUCCUAAUCCAGGCACUUGUCAUCUCCCGUCUGGACUACUGCAACUCGCUGUUGGCUGGCCUCCCUGCCUGUGCCAUUAAACCCCUACAACUCAUCCAGAAUGCCGCAGCCCGUCUGGUGUUCAACCUUCCCAAGUUCUCUCACGUCACCCCCCUCCUCCGCACACUCCACUGGCUUCCAGUUGAAGCUCGCAUCCGCUACAAGACCAUGGUGCUUGCCUAUGGAGCAGCGAGGGGAACGGCACCUCUGUACCUUCAGGCUCUGAUCAGUCCCUACACCCAAACGAGGGCAUUGCGUUCAUCCACCUCUGGCCUGCUGGCUCCCCUUCCUCUGCGGAAGCAUAGUUCCCGCUCAGCCCAGUCAAAACUGUUCGCUGCUCUGGCACCCCAAUGGUGGAACAAGCUCCCUCACGACGCCAGGACAGCGGAGUCACUCACCACCUUCCGGAGACAUUUGAAACCCCACCUCUUUAAGGAAUACCUGGGAUAGGAUAAAGUAAUCCUUCUACCCCCCCCCCCCCUCCCCCCCCCCCCCCCCCAAAAUUGUAAAGUGGUUAUCCCACUGGCUAUAGGGUGAACGCACCAAUUUGUGAGUUGCUCUGGCUAAGAGCGUCUGCUAAAUGACGUUAAUGUGCCCUUGAGCAAGGCACUUAACCCUAAUUGCUCCUGUAAGUCGCUCUGGAUAAGAGCGUCUGCUAAAUGACUAAAAUGUAAAUGUAAAUGUAUAGCACUGUUAUUUUUCAAAGUUAUUAUAUUUCUUUCUCUCUCACCCCUAACCCCACCCCUUUAUCUUGUGUUUCUAGGCCCCCACAUUGGAGCUCAUGAUGCUGAAUCUCCAGUUGGAGAUGUUUCUCUUUCCAUCUCUCAUCCUAUCAAAAAACGCUCCUCAUCAGGGUCUUCUCAGCAAUGAUAAAACCCUUCAAGGGCUCCUCCAGGAAGACCCUGUAACCUGUUACACUGUAUGAAGAAAUACUUUCGUAACAGCAAGACUUUUGACAAGAGGAAUCUCUGCAUGUCUACCCUUUAAAGUCUAUUUGAUCAAAUGCAUGCAAACUACUUUACAAGAGUUUGACAUGUUUUGGAUGAUUGGUAGCACUGAAGCAGCUUUUCUCACAUACUCUCUGGUCAGAAAGUGGAAGAGAAAUCCACUUGUUCCCCCAUGGUUUCAAACACAUUUGUUGGCCAGUUGUUGAGCUGGCAGGGCUUCAACCUCAGCUUGACUCUAUUACAAUAAAGUUGGUGCAUAGCCAGUCAGAUAACCAGAUGCUCUCUAUUCAUUUAGUUAGAGUGAUAAGAGCUUAUUAACAGCAAAGGGAAAACACAUUGAGGAGAAUUUGAGAUCUGCAGCUAGAUCAACUCUCUGUGAUGUUUUCUGUGGGUUGAAUAAUGUGGGGUAUGAGUCAGUCCUGUUGCAGAGGAGGAGAGAUAAGUUGCAUCCCAGUCAUGGUGUUGCUCUACAUUCAGACUGCAGGGUGACCAGGGGCUACUGGGACUACUAUAAUAUAUGGGCUGUAGGUGGCAGUGAAUCACUAACCUGUUGCAAAUGUACAGGUAACUGCCUAAAUAAAUGAGGGAUACAAAGUAUAUUAGAAACAGGUGCUUCCACACAGGUGUGGUUCCUGAGUUAAUUAAGCAAUUAACAUCCCAUCAUGCUUAGGGUUAUGUAUAAAUAUGUCCAGUUGCUUAUUCUUUUGGCUGCCAUGGCUAGAAGAAAAGAUCUCAGUGACUUUGAAAGAGAGGUCUCAAAGGAGCAUAGGGGGUUUAAAGGGUAUGUGUGUGUGUGCGUGUGUGUGUGUGUGUGUGUGUGUGUGUGUGUGUGUGUGUGUGUGUGUGUGUGUGUGUAUGUGUGUCUCAGUCACCAGAUCUCAACCCAAUUGAACACUUGUGGGAGAUUCUGGAGCGAUGCCUGAGACAGUGUUUUCCACCACCAUCAACAAAACACCAAAUGAUGGAAUUUCUCAUGGAAAAAUUGUGUCGCAUCCCUCCAAUAGACUUCCAGUCACUUGUAGAAUCUAUGCCAAGGCGCACUGAAGCUGUUCUGGUGGCUCGUGGUGGCACAACACCCUAUUAAGACACUUUAUGUUGGUGUUCCUUUAUUUUGUCAGUUACCUGUAUCUCUGUACUAUGGGUGGGAAUACUUUGGAACAGAUUCUCAAAAUUAAAAUAACUUAGAGCUGAUUUGCAGGUGUUUUUACAGUAUUUUACAGAUUCUGUCAAGCUCCCAGUUCUAGUUCCCCUAUCUAGACCUAUCAGAUCCAAUCCCUAAACUCUAAAAUGGACAAGGAUUGUUUUCUAUAGCUAAAUCCCUGGUCACGACAACAGCAACUCAGUGAACCUGAUACCAUAUGGGUACAAUCAUUCGUACCUCAGACUCUUUACAAAGGAACUAUUAGAUGUAGAGACAUCACACAAAGAGGAUCACAGAACAGAUAAGGGGUCUUUUGGAAAUGACACUUGAGGAUAUGGGAGAGCUAGAGCAGCAGAGCUCUCCUCUCAUCACGACUCACAUUAACAUGCAUGGAUUUGCGCUAGAGAGCAGAUACACUACCUGACUGUAUCUGCUCACUGCCUUCAGCCCUUUCUCUUUCUCCAAGUCACAUUUCACACUGUUCGGUGCCGUCUCCUGUCUACAGGUAAACACAAGUGCAAAUAAACAAAUUCCUCUCUUGCCAAUUCCUCUUGCCUUACACUUAUGUCAUUAUAUGGAUACUCCGUAAAUCUAGUACAUUUAUUCCAUGGCCAAAAGUAUGUGGAUUCGGCUAUUUCAGCCACACCCGUUGCUGACAGGUGUGUAAAAUUGAGCACACAGCCAUGCAAUUUCCAUAGACAAACAUUGGCAGUAGAAUGGCCCGUACUGAAGAGCUCAGUGACUUUCAACGUGGCACCAUCAUAGGAUGCCACCUUUCCAACAAGUCAGCUCACCACAUUUCUGCCCUGCUAGAGCUGCCCUGGUCAACUGUAAGUGCUGUUAUUGUAAAGUGGAAACGUCUAGGAGCAACAAUGGCUCAGCCGUGAAGCGGUAGGCCACACAAGCUCACAAGCUCACAAGCUCACAGCGUCUGUUCUUGGUUGCAACACUCACUACCGAGUUCCAAACUCUGGAGCAGUGGAAAUGCGUUCUCUGCAGUAAUGAAUCACGCUUCACCAUCUGGCAGUCCGACGGACGAAUCUGGGUUUGGCGGAUGCCAGAAGAACGCUACCUGCCCGAAUGCAUAGUGCCAUCUGUAAAGUUUGGUGGAGGAGGAAUAAUGGUCUGGAGCUGUUUUUCAUGGUUCGGGCUAGGCCCCUUAGUUCCAGUGAAGGGACAUUUUAACUCUACAGUGUACAAUGACAUUCUAGACGAUUCUGUGCUUCCAAAUUUGUGGCAAACCCAGGCCCUUUCCUGUUUCAGCAUGACAAUGCCCCCGUGCACAAAGCGAGGUCCAUACAGAAAAGGUUUGUCGAGAUCGGUGUUGAAGAACUUGACUGGCCUGCACAGAGCCCUGACCUCAACCCCAUCGAACACUGUUGGGAUGAAUUGGAACGCCGACUGCGAGCCAGGCCUAAUCGGCCAACAUCAGUGCCCAACCUCACUAAUGCUCUUGUGGCUGAAUGGAAGCAAGUCCUCGCAGCAAUGUUCCAACAUAUAGUGGAAAGCCUUCCCAGAAGAGUGGUUGCUGUUUUAGCAGCAAAGGGGGGACCAACUCUAUAUUAAUGCCCAUGAUUUUGGAAUGAGAUGUUCGAUGAGGAGGUGUCCACAUACUGUUGGCCAUGUAGUGUACUUUAUCCUUAAUAUGUACACUCUUAGAAAAAAGGGUUACAAAAGAGUUAUUCGGCUUUCCCCAUAGGAGAACCCUUUUUGGGUUCCAUGUAGAAAUGUUUGUAGAAUCCUUUUUUUGUAGAACCCUUUUUGUAGAACCCUUUUUUUCCAAGAGUGUAGAUAAGCCCCUUGCUCAGUCCACUCCAUUUAGCCCUCUAUGCCCCAUUGGGAACACGAAUAAACCCAACCAUAUCUGUCCCUAGUUAGACCCCUCCCUAUACAAACCACGUUUCUGUCUUUGAUAGGAACUUAGUCCAUUGAAAAUCUUUACACGUCCAGUGUAUCUGAGUAAGAUAUACAGUACUAUACCUUCAUAAGCCACCUCAGUGUAAGACAGAGUGGAAAGGCAGAUAUUUCAUAGUAAUCAUCAUAUAUUUUUUUAUGAUGAUUACUUUAAAGCAAGGCAUGGUGAGGGGUAUUGUAACAAGACUACAGACUUGAAUAUCAACAUUUAUUCUGAACCACUAUCAUUAAUAUGUAUGCAUUGUAAUCAAAUUGAAUGUUGGCCAGAUAAAGAAACAGGAGCUACCUCCUCUUUUCACCUGCUCUGAGAGGUACCUGAGGGAGGGGAGAGAUAGAGACAGGGGUGAAACAAUUGUUUCCCUAGAAAUACAUUUUCUCUCAACAUAGACUUGAUUGAUCAUUUCCAACAUUUCAGCACUUCUUUUUUUGUUACAGAAUCUAUUUUUUGCCACACAGGCCUACCUAUGCACACAUUUCCCUAACAAUAACUCACCAAGUGCCUUAACAAUGGCAACUAUCUCAGGACACAAAUCAACGUUUUGUGGCACACAAUUUGUAGCGAACAAUUCAUGUGAUUCACAAUCAAACUCUCAAGAGAGAUGAUUCUUUGUUCUACCACGCUUCGAUAUAACAAGGACAAUAAAUACACAGUGCCUAGAUUCUGUUUUCCAACAUGAACUUCCUACAUCAAAUUCUAGGCAAAAGAAAGCCAUCAGGAAAAAAGUGAGCUUAAACACUGAUAUUUUCAAAAUCCUUUGAAGGAAACAGUACAUGGAUGUGAGAGCUGUGAUUCCCCUAAGAUGUUGAUGGAGAUCUACUGAGAGUGGACAGAGGAGAUGCUAUGAGAGGGGAGAUGCUACUGCACACCGUUGCCUGAAGAAGAUGGGUAAACAAAGAAAACCAUGUAAUGUUAACACAGCAUCUCAGAGUCGUGACAAUAGAAGACUCUGCUCUCCCACUGAUGGAGCAGGCACCUGUGCUAUACCGCUAUCACAUCUGACUGAAACUCCACUGACAAUAGCAUAACCACAAAUCAAUCAACGUGAACAACAUGCUGAGAUGGGCAAACAAAAGCAGAGCACUUGCAGUUUAGAGGUUCUGCACACACAGUCUUGUUGUUACACACAGUCUUGUUGUUACACACAGUCUUUGUUGUCACUGUCAGUGCUAUCAAUCCCACCCUGUUAUUAGUGAAAGAUUCCUUCAGAGCAGUACUUACUCAGACCUGGCCAGUGCUGUCAGUGCCUUGCUGAAGAACCACCUUAGAGGGGGCACCUCCUCACCCAGAAAGCCCAAUCAU